ACAAGAAGAAGAAGAAGAACACGUACAAAAAAAAAAAGAAGAAAAGCGGAUUAUCCGCGAAAAUUGGGACGAAAAAGGCUUUAGCUUCGUGUUGGGCAGUGUGAAGGCAAAGUGCAGCAAGUGCAAGUGAAAGUGUGAAGGAGUCGCCGAGUCGAGUCGCCGGAAAUCCGCACCCUCUCGCUCAAUCUCCCCGACUUGGCAACCUCGCCGCGUUUUCCCGCCUUUUUCUAUGUUACAUGUGCGUGAGGAGCGAAGCGGGUCGAGCAGCGCACACCGGCAGCCACUAGGAGCAGUCAGCGAUAAGUCUAGAGCUACGACGUUUCACUGAAGGUGAACCAACCCCGGGAAAACCUAGAUAAAGAGCGGAAAAUUCAGCCGGGAAAGCAGCUACAGCAGCUACCCAGCGAUGAGUGAGCCCGAGCCGCAGGAGCUGGGCGCCGAGGUGGUCAGCGGAUCGGUGGCCACGAGCGACGACGGCCAGGAGAUGACCAAGGCCAAGUACACGAAUCUGUGCCGUGAGCUCAACAUGGACCGCCAGACGGAGCUGCAGGGCUAUCAGAUGUACCACGAGGUCUCCCAGCGCUGCUCCUUGGAGGGCGAGUCCAUCCACUGGCUGUGCUGCGCCUUGUACGCCGCCUGCCGGAGAUCCAGCACGCCCACGGUGAUUGGCCAGGAUGCGGUGGUCAGGGGCAACUGUGUGUCCCUUAACAACCUGCUGCGCUGCUGCCAGAUGAGCAUAUACGACUUCAAGACGAAGAUCAAGCAGUGGUGCGACAUGGCCAACCUUCCCCAGGAGUUUGUCAACGAGAUUGAGGUGCUGGACCGCAAGUUUAGCAUCACCUUUACCCUGUACAAGCGCUUCCGCACCAUUUUCGACAAGAUCUUCUCCUGUCCGCCCAACGAGAAGAAGCACUCCAAGUACAUCUCCCUGCAUGGCAACCAUGCCCAUGGCAAGUGCUCGUACAUCAAGCUGGACGACAUCUGCUGGCGGCUCUUCCUCUGCGCCAAGAAUCAGAAGCCCAGCAACACCGUGGAUCUGGUGACCUCGUUCAACCUGAUGAUCUGCUGCAUCGAUCUGAUAUACAACAAUGUGCUGGCCGAGAAGCGCACCGAUCUCAUCAAUAGCAAGUUCGAGGGCCUGCCGAGCAACUGGACGGAGCUGGACCUGCGUCACAAGCAGCACUGCAUUCUGGCCUACUUUUGCGACAUGACCGAGGAGGCGAAGGCCAUGAAGGCCACCACCUUCCGCCAGAUCAUGUCGAGCUUCUUUCAGACUUCGACCAUCUACGGCAGCAAGGACACCAUGCUGGGCCUGCUGUCCAACGAGAACUUUGAGCGCAACCUGAAAUCCCUGAACAUUAGCUACGAACAGUACGUGCUCAGUGUGGGCGAGUUCGACGAGCGCAUUUUAAGUGCCUACGAUGCGGGCGACCACACGGGGCUCAACGACCAGUCGCUGCGUCCGCCCGUGACGCCGCUCACCCGCAAACAGGACCUGCCCGCCCAGCCGUCGAUGGCGGGCGACAAAUUCGAGCCCGUCCGCAACGCCACCAACAAUGUGAAGCAGCUGAGCGCCUUCAGUCGCAUCACCGAGCCCACGGACUUUGUCAAGCAAGCUGGCGAAGAGGUGAUCGCCAAGCUGCUCAACAUCAUCGAGGAAAUCAAGCAGAAAUUCCUCGCCAAAUAUCCCUCGACGGAGGCGAAGAGCCGCUUCCAGCUGGCCAAGUCCUUCUACUUCUACCUGCUCGACCAGAUCCUGCAGGCGGAGAUCCGCAACAAGCCCGACAUCGAUCUCAAGCGUCUGCUGGUGCAGAAGAUCUCGCUGGACAUCUUCAACAUCACGCUAAUGGCCUGCUGCGUGGAGCUCGUGCUGGAGGCCUACGAGACGGAGCUCAAGUUCCCCUGGGUGCUCGACUGUUUCAGUAUUAGUGCGUUCGAGUUCCAGAAGAUCAUCGAGAUUGUGGUGCGGCACGGCUCGCACGAGGGCUGUCUGAAUCGCUCGCUGAUCAAGCACCUCAACUCGAUCGAGGAGACGUGCCUGGAGCGUUUGGCCUGGGCGCGCGACUCGACCGUCUGGGACAUGAUCUCCUCCGCCCCGCCGCCGCUGCCCACGUCGCUGGUGGUGAAUCGCGACCGCUCCGCCGGCGCCCUGCAGAUCUUCCUGCGCAAAGUCUACCUCCUGGGCUGGCUGCGCAUCCAGAAGCUCUGCUCGGAGCUGGGGCUGUGCGAGAAGACGCCCGAGUGCAUCUGGCACAUCUUCGAGCACUCGAUCACCCACGAGACGGACUUGAUGAAGGACCGCCACCUCGAUCAAAAUAUCAUGUGUGCAAUAUAUAUCUACAUUAGAGUAAAGCGAAUGGAGGACCCCAAGUUCAGUGACAUCAUGCGGGCAUAUCGCAACCAGCCGCAGGCGGUGAACAGCGUCUACCGCGAGGUGUUCAUCGAGUUCAACGACGAGGGCGAGCCAAAGGUGAAGGACAUCAUUCAGUUCUACAACAACAUAUAUGUGCCGAUGAUCCGCCAGUUCGCCAUCGACUACCUGAACGUAACGCCGGACGUGAGUGGCCGCAACUCGGACCUGCUGCUCUCCCCGCAUCCCAAGGAGCGGGCCGCCCAGCCCAAGAAGGUCACCCAGAACCACUCGCUCUUCGUCUCCCAGAUGCCCAAGAACGAGAUCCAGCAGUCGCCCAAUCAGAUGGUCUACAGGUUCUACCACAGUCCAGCCAAGGACCUCCAGCUGAUGAACGAAAAGGUACGCGGGGGCAAGCGCAUGCUAAGCUUCGGGGACGAGCCCGGCUUGGGCGGCAUUGCGGAGGCGAAGCAGCGCCUGGUGGUGCGCGACCUGCCGCCGCAUCUCAGCCAGAUCAAGGCCGUCCUGGACGACCGGGACAGGGAUCGGGAACGGGAGCUGCAGGCCGCCGUGCCCGCCGAGGGGAGCGGCCGGGGAGCAGGAGGAGAACACGAGACAUAGACACGGGGCUUUUCGGGGGCAGCUUAGACUUAAGGCUAUUACAACACAAACACAACACAAAAACACAGAAAAACUAAAAAAAAACCGGCGCCGAGGGCCACUCUUUUUACACGCUGGCUACUCCGGCGCACGUUCGACUAUUUUAUGAUUGUUUUUUUUUAUUAUUAACUCUUUUAGUAUGACAUUUUAAUUUAAAACCCAACCACAACCAAUCGUACGCAUCUCUUUUAUAGUUUGUUUAACGCCAGCCAACCAUAUAAUUCAUAUGAUAACCCCAUACACAAUGUAAACACCCGAAACUUGAAGGGAAUUUUAGUAAAUACCUGAACACCACAACACAAACACACACACAUCCAUCGGUCGCAGGUCCUUGGAUCUCAUGGAUCAGCGACCACUAACAAAUCAAAUUAAGGCAAUCCACAUUAUAUAUACAAACAUAUAUACAAAUACACUUUAUAAAAAUUGAA